AUGGACGGUGAAGCCGAUGGAGCAAGCCCGAGAGAAGAACAGAACAGUUGUGUAAACUUUCUGAUGGAAGUGAAGGACCUGCAACUGGAUGCUGAGGAAUGCAGCAGCAAGAGCUCCCACAAGGUGGACCAGCUUUAAAACAUGACCUGUCAGCUUCAGUGCCACGCAGCGGAAUCAAAUGGUUCUCCGAACAAUCAAACACAUACAGGGAACAGUGGAUCGGAUUCUGAACCUGACUGGACCGAGUCAUCUUGUCCUCUCGCUGCACAGCCAGUUCUUGGGUCGCAGGACAAGUGGAGCUUUACCGGAGAGGAGGAGAGAAGCCCCACACUGGAGCAUUGGCUGUGUCUGGAUAACCAGCACAACAUGGUGGACGUUAUCGGAGCUGUGGGCUCGCCUGUUCCACAUGUUUCUGAUGACACCUACCUGUCUUUACCCAGUCCUGAAUCAAAGCCAGCUGAUGUUAGUCCUGCCGGAUGCAGCCUCAUCACGGACACCUGCAGUCCCUCUGCUUCUUCACGUGGUGUGACCGCUUCAGACUGGGACUUUCUCAGGUCCACGUCCAAGAGUCCCCUCUCCUGGGACCAGUAUCCUGUCAGCGCUGCGGCGCACCUGCACCUCCUGGGAGAAUCCUUGUCUCUGAUUGGAUGUCAUCUUCAGGAAACAAAUAAAACGGUGUGUGUGUCGAGCAGCCUCUCUCUCCUCCUGGACUCUCUGCUGUGCGCGCUGACUCCACUGAUGUGCCUCACAACACAGAUCCCUGAGCUGGCGARCUGCACGGAGCACACCCUGGAAUACCUGCAGAAAGAACACCCAGGCCUGAGGCAGAUGAUUGAGUGCUGCGGAGGGAGGUACCACGUCUUCAACAAUCGUCAGCGACAGGACAGAGAGCAGGUCAAAGAGCUGCUGGAGAAGGUGGACAGUAUGGUGCAGAAAAACGGGUUCUACUACAUGAAAACAGCCCGGGAGAGAGAACUGGACAGACGGGUGAAGGACAGAAAGCGAGAGCUGAUGGAAAGUUACCAAGCUCAAAAGGAGGAGAAGAAAAGGACUUUCUCAUCGAGGACCUCCCCAAACACAGAACUGCUCAACAGAGAGCAGGAAUCCAUCAUCUUAGAGAGGAGGAAGAGAGAAGAACAAGAUGAACUGGACAGCAGCUUGUUUGAGACCAUGGUAACUAAUGGGCUUCAUUCAGCUCCAGCCCCGGAGCAACCUUCUCCGUCAGAGUCGCCGGAUUACAGGACAUUCACCAGAACGCCCAGUUUCAAGCUGAAUGCAGAUGGAGCUAUACUCUCACAAAUUUCUGAGGAGAAAUCCACACUAAAAAUGGUUUCUACUCUUCACCACAGAAUCAACAGCUUUGAUGAGGGAACACCCGAAACGUCUCCGACCUCAUCUUGUCAUUCACCCGUCUUCUCUUAUUUCUCCUCCUCACCAACCUCGGCCACCUCUCCUUCAUUGUCGUCUUCCUUAUCCCCCUCAUCCUCCUCCUUGUCCCCGACCUCUCCGGAGCUUCGCCUGGUGAUAGUUGGGCGAUCUGGUUCGGGGAAGAGUGCAGCAGGAAACCUGAUCCUUGGACGGGAGGCGUUUGAGUCCCGAUCAGACAGCUUCAAAGCAAUCACUCAGAAGUGUGAGAAAAAGAAGGCAGAGAUUAAGGGGAAAAGGGUGGCAGUGGUGGACACUCCUGAUUGGUUCAGCUCAGAGCAGACACCAGAUGAGGUGCGAGCUCAGAUCUCCUCUUGUGUUGCUUUAUCCAGUCCCGGGCCUCACGCCUUCCUCCUGUGUGUCCCUCUGGACCAGCCUGCUAAGAUAGAGCUGCAGGCCCUCUCUGCCCUGAAGAACGUUUUUGGCCCAGAAUCAGUCGAGAAACACACUCUGCUCCUCUUCACUUACGCGGAUCAACUGAGGACAAGUGGGAAAGCAGGAGGCAAGAGUGUGGAAGAAUACAUCGCCAGCCAGCGGGGGGAUCUGAUAAAGCUUGUGGAAAAAUGUGGAGACAGGUAUCACAUUGUGGAGAAGGGAGCUGGUUUGGUGGAGAAGGAGAAUGUGGCAGAGCUGCUGGAAAAGGUAGAGCAGAUGGUGAAGGAGGCUGGAGGACAGUGUUACUCCAGUCUUGCUUUUCAGGAGGCAGAAAACAAAGUGAGACAGAAGCAAUUAGAAAUAACACUGGAGAGAAGAGGUCUAAAGGCAGGGCAAGAGCAAGCAGCAGGUGUGGGGCUGCUCAGGUCAGAGAGGCAGCUUCUGCCUCAAGUAGAGGAAGAUGAGGAAAUGAGGGACGAGGCAGAAAUGAGCGUAAGCCAAAUGAAUAUUGAGAGCCUCCCUCCUGUUUCACCUUCCAGCAUGUCUCCUUCCCUUUUCCGUUCCGUUAUGGAGAAAAUGGAGACCGGUGCGAAGAAUUUCCCCCAGCUGUUGGCGGACAGCUCGGCGUGGGUUGGAGAAAGAGCGAAGAUGAUAAAAAACGGUUCGGUGUGGGGAAACGUCGGCAGUGGCACACAAAAUGCCCAGAAAAUGGUGGUUGACAGUUCCGUGUGGGGAAAAUUGGGAGCUACUGCUGGACAAGUCUCCAAAGCUGUGGGAGAUCGGGUUCCCAAGGUAGGGGCUGAAACGCUGGCAUCCAGUCCGAUGUGGGAGGAAGUGCGCUCCAGGAUGAAGAACGUGUCUCAGAGUCCUGUGUGGGAGAAGAUAGGCUCCGGAGCUAAACUGGUGGCGAGCAGCUCCGUGAGAGUUGGAUCUGAGAUYGGUGCUGGUGCACAGAAGGUGGCACAGAGUCCAAUAUGGGGCACGGUGGGUUCUGGGGCAAAAGCUGGGGCAAAAAUGGUGGCAGAGAGCUCAGUGUGGGAGAAAAUUGGUACAACUCUGAAACAGGUGCCUAAGGUGGUCAUUGGGGGUGCCGUUCUGGGUCUGGUGCUCGGGGUGUUUUUAGGGGGUGUGAUUGGUGGAGCUGUCGGGGCGGCUGCAGGAUCUGCUGCAACUGAGGUGGGAAGACGUAAGUUCAGCAGCAAAAACAGUUCAGAGGGAGCAAGAAGCAUCGACCCAACAAUGAACUACAGCCCUGAUCCACUGAUUCACGGAGGGAAAAGCAUGAAAACUGAAUGAAAGACUGAAAGCUUGUAUAAAAUAUUAAACAAAUUUCUUGUGCAACAUGAAAUUUAUAAUUCAAAAACAGUUGUGUGGAUAGUUCUCUUGAAAAUACACUUUUUUCCUAGCAUAAUUUUAGUCUUUGUUCUGAUUUUUUUACUUUGUUUUUAUACCACAAAAUCAGAAUCUGAUGAAUGAGGAGGAAUGAGAUGAUUAUUGAGGUUAAUAUGUAUAAAAAUAUGUUAUAUUGAACUAAGUUUAGUUACAUUAAUUGUAAAAGUGAAUUAAAAAGUAUUUGGCUAUUAUCAAUGUUGUUGUCGAGCUAGCAGAUACUUUGCAAACAACGCUAAAUAUUCUCACCAUAUUUGUAACCAAGUGUUUUAGUUAUGCUUUAAUGUCUUUGUCUUAACAAUGUACGCUGCAAAUUUAAGUAGAGGUAAUUUAAUAAAACGUGUGAAGUUCA